AUGGCCGCAUUUUCUGAACCAUCACUACACCAAUUCGUUGCCCUGCCCCCUGCGUCUGCCCUUCCUGAUCCCCCUCCCCAGUCAGCUGCUCUGUCUGACUCUAUGCCUCUCAUGCUUCGACCCGAGAUACGUGACUUGGCUGCUCAGGACGCCUGGCAACCACUGGCGCAUCACCUUCGAGCCCUUCACUCUCGUUCAGGGCUGCAGCACUGCCCUGUUUGCCAUCAAUGGUUCACUCGCACGCCGGACAUUCUCCUGCAUCUCAAUAAGCAGCAUCCGCUUACUGCUCUUCAGACCUCCAUGCGCGCCGAUUGGCUCACAGCUCGGACUGCGGCUGCGCGUUCCCCCUGCAGCUGGUGUAGGCAGACGGUCUCCUACAAGACCCAACACGUUGCUGCCUGCCCUGUUCUUCAACAAGUGAUCACACUUCGAAUCCUCAUCCGCCAUGAGCUUGGCCUCCCCUCAGUGGCCCAGACCAAGGAAGCACAGGCCGAGCUGCUUCUUCUUCAGUGCUGGGGAGAACCCAUGGACCUCGAUUUCACGAGCAAACGACAGAACGAACAGGAGGACACUGAAGAGCCGGAGAAGGAGCGAGACGCGAAGUGGGCCAGGCCGGAAUCGAAGGGUGGCUUCGGCAGAGGCGGACAGGGCAAAGGGAACCAGAACCCGGGAGGUCAGCCCAACAAGGGGACUGACGGUGAGAGACCAGUGGGCAAAGACACAGAGGCUAUGGUGUGGAUGCUGGGGAAGCUUCCUCUGCGACACGAAGAUCAAAUGGGAAUCGACAGAACCCAGCACGGAUUCGUCAUGUUCUUCAAAAGGGAGAGCGCGCUCUCUCUAGUCCUCCUCUUCGAACAAAAACAGGAGAAGAUAAACGAGAUCGCUCUUCCCCUCCGGACCUUCCUCUUCCAUACCAUGCUCGAGACCUUCAUCAAGCGCAUCAAGGAUACUGCGAAGAACACCGGACUGCUGCAGACGGACAACGCCGAGUUGCUGAUCCCCUUCCUGGUCUACAAUCCGGAGACCAAAACCCUGUCCCCGCGACAGGACCAGGAGGCAUCCAGGUCGGGCAUCGAACUCAGGAGGCCGCUGGGCAAAACCAGUAAUCUCAGGGCUCUGGCGAACUCUGCCGUGUGGCAGCUUGUGGGCGGCUCGCUUCGUCCGGAGCGCAUGGGCCGAUCGGCACUAGCCAACGAGGUGGCCAAGGGGUCAUGCGCUCAGCAGCCUCAUCAUCUGUCAUUCUGUGAUGUGCUGCCUCCACUGGGCGAGCCGCCCAUUAUGCUUUCCUCCAGCCUCUGGAACCAGGUGAUUUGGACUUCGGCCAUGCAGUCAGUCGUGCAGCGAAUAACUCAACAGGCGCCAACGCCAGACCUCUGGACUGUCCUGCAAUGA